UGUGGCUGAAAACAUAACAAAGAAAAUCCCUAAAUCACCUGUCAAAGCUCGAUUAAAGUUUUGUAAUGAUCAACAGAAUGUGGAGGCAGCCUUUCCUGUUGAGGAUGUUGAGACUACUUCUAUGCUAUUAGAGAAAGAAGAACUUGUUGUACAAAAUGGAGGACUUGAUAAAGAAGGAGAAAUUGGGCAAAAAUGUUCACAAGACCUAAACCUUGUUUAUGAGGCAGCGGAAGCUAGAACUGACAGGUCAGCACAAAGAGCAGUUGUGCCCGCGGAGCACUCAGUUGAACCUUGCAUCAAAUCCCCAAAUUUGGGAGCUCAACAACUAGAAACUGAUGCAACAUUAAAAUUGCUAGUGUCUGAGAAAUCUCCUUCCCUAUCCAACAAGCAUAGGCAGCAUCAGAUUCAACAUCUUUCUUUACUACAAGAACAUUGGUUAAUUAAAGCCGAGGACAAAUCGUGCAGUACAAAUGGAAGUUUCCCUUAUGAAAAUACUGCUUUUGACGUUUUAUUGAAAGCAAUGGAACCUGAAUUAAAAACUCUUUCAAAAGUAAAAUUUUGUAUAGCUGAUCCUGAGUCAAGAAAAGCAGGCAUCACUGUUGGAACCCAGGGACAAGAGUCAAGUGGAAUAUCAACAUUUACUGCACACACCCUAAAUCAAACUUCAGUAUGUAAAUCUGAAUUUACUAUAGCCCCACAGUACUAUUCAAAUUUUAAUCAAAUUGUGUCCAAAUCAGGGACAAAAGUGCAACCAGAGGAUCAGACCACAUCUCAUUUAAAUUACCUGCAACCUCAACUUGUUUCACAAGCUGUACCACAAAAUAAACAUCAUGCCUUAUCACAGAGAUUUAAUGGAUCACCAACACACCAGCAGAACCAAACAAAACACCAUUUUCAGCCAACAUACAACUUAACCGUGACUUCUUUAGGUCAUUCUCAGAACCCUGUCAUAUCUCACGGAAUGCAUCAAAGUCAGCUUGCGGUUCAUCCAAAUCGAUCAAUGGCAACUAAUCUGUCUAAUUGUGUUCAAGUUGGAUCUGGUUAUAAACAGCUCCACGUAACGCCAAUUGUGAAUUCUGUGACAGACCAAGUGUCAGAUAUUUUAGUUAAGGACCAGAAGCCUAAAAAGCAAGGAAAGUAUAUUUGUGAGUAUUGUAACCGAGCUUGUGCAAAACCUAGUGUUCUCCAAAAACACAUUCGAUCACAUACCGGUGAACGACCCUACCCUUGUGUUACAUGUGGGUUUUCAUUUAAAACUAAAAGUAAUUUAUAUAAGCACAAGAAGUCCCAUGCACAUGCUAUCAAACUCGGCCUUGUUUUGAGAUCAGGGAGCAGCAGUACAUCCAUGUCACAGGAAUCUGACCGAGCACUUAGUAAUCAUUCAGAUGUAGAGGAAAGUGGUGAAAGUGAGGCUGAAUCCACAUCUGAAGAAAAAUCUUUUGAGCAACAGCACUUUGAACUGGAAGCUACACAAGCAACUGUCAAUGAGACCUAUUCAGAAACACCAAUAUUUCCUCGAAGUCUCAAGUCACCUGAUAAGCUACUUAAUAAAACCAUUGGUUAUAGCACUUAUGAAAGUGCUGCCCUAUAUAAAUCCUCUGAGUCAAAAGUUACAGCUGCUUUACCCAAAGUUGUGGCCUACCCUGUGAAUAUUUCCCCAUUAAGGGCUGAUAGUCCAAAGCUGAUAGAUACAGUUCCAGAACUAGCCACUGCAAAGCAGCAAUUAAAUCCACAGACUCCUAAAGUGAAGUCAACCCCCGCUUGGAUGUCUCCACUGAAGAAGCAGGAUAAUGAGCACAAGCAGCAAAUAGAAAUGACCCCACAAAAGGAAGAAAAGCUUCAGUCAAUAACCACACAUGCUCAGCUUCAAAGACAGCAAGCCACUGAUUUUUGUCAGCAGCAAGGAAAGUCUCAUUUAAGCCCACGAAGUCUAGGGAGCACAGACUCUGGGUAUUUUUCUCGUUCGGAGAGUGCAGACCAACAAUUGAGUCCAUUGAGUCCUUACAUUAAAUCAAUGUCCACAACCGAAGUUGAUCCCAUCAAGUGCAGUUUUCCUUGUCCACCUCCUGGCAACCAGGUUAUGUCCACUGUUUUACAGGUGAGCUCAAUUGAAAAACCAUCGAAAUUGGUAGCUCCUGUUCGCACUCAGAUAGCAACGAAAAUUCUUGAAGAACGCAUUUCCAAAUUGAUAUCAGAUAAUGAAGCAGUAGUGGAUGAUAAACAGCUAGAUAGUGUAAAACCUAGAAGAACAUCUCUUUCAAGGAGAGGAAGCAUAGACUCUCCAAAACCAUAUACAUUUAAAGAUUCGUUCCAGUUUGAUCUACGGCCACUACAUUCUGGAAGGAGAACAAGCUCCAGUUCUGAUAUACCCAAGUCCCCCUUUACACCUACUGAUAAAUCAAAACCAGUGUUUCUUCUAUCAGUUCCUCCUCCAUUUCCAACUCUUGAUUGUUUACCAAUUACUAGAAGUAACUCGAUGCCAGCUACUCCGGCAUACUCUGCUGUACCCACAAGUAUAGUCUCUGUAGCACACCCACUUCGAGAGUGCCAGUCAUUUGAUGAUAAAAUUGGUGGUUCAUUUAGUGAUGAUGUUUUUGUUUCUGGGCCACUUACACCUAUAGAACUUGCUCAUCCACGAACUCUUGUCAGGCAGACUGCAGUUGAGGAUUCAUCAGGUAGUGAAGGACAGAGCUUUGUUUCCAUAUGCUCAAUGGAUGAGGGUUGUCAUAGCAAUAAUAAGGCUGGGGUUUUGAUGCCAAGAAGUAAGUCAUUUGAGCAUGAGUCGCAAAUGCUGGAAAAAGUGAAAAAAUCACAAGGACGGGGGUCAAUGUAUGAAUGUGAAACUUGCAGAAACAGAUAUAGAAAGCUGGAGAACUUUGAAAAUCACAGGAAAUUCUACUGUUCGGAGCUCCAUGGGCCAAAACUUAAACCAGCAAUCAGUAAAGAGUCAGAACAGGAAGCAGUAUCACGAAGCAAACCACCACAGUUGCUACAUUACAGGGUAAUUGGAACAACAGGUGUGCUGCAGCAACCACCUAAGGUAAGGAAAAGGAGGAAAAUUAAAAGUAUUGGUGAUGAUGAUGAAAUGUUGACCAGUGAUAAUACUGUGACAAAAACUGUAAAUAAGCAAUUUCUAGCAGAUCAGAAGAUAAAAGCUCCUGUCUCUGCUGCUUCCUACAGGAGCAGUAUGGGUGAUGAUAUCACACAGUUAGCUGUCAAUGUGAAGAAUUUAAAAGGACAACAUUUAGGGGCAGGCGGUAUGGAACCUUCCCUCGAGACAUCUGUGUCUUUUAGUAACAAAAUUCAAACUAACCCAUUUCGCUCUACAUUGCAAGAUAAAGGAGAGUUGAAUAGGAACAACAGUGGAGUGUCUGUAAUUCAACACACAAAUUCUUUGAGUAGGCCUGGCUCUUUUGAACAAUCAGAAUUUAUUGACAGAAUUUCUCCUGUGCAAGAAAAUGAAACUCCCAAUGGAAUCAUGCAGCCUUCAGUGUUUGUGAAUACUCAGGAAGACAUUUGUUGCAAAUUCACAGAUUUUCAACAGCAAUCUAAUACUUCUGAGACAAUGAGGGCAUUGAAAUAUGAAACUUUGAGACCCUCUGUUGUUGAUUGCACUUCACUACAGCAGUUAAGACUGGUGCGUCAACAAAACAUCCAAGUUCCUGAGAUUUUGGUCACAGAAGAACCAGACCAGGAACAGGAAUCGCAAGGAAAUGAGCAGGAAAUAGUAACGGAAAAAUUUCAUUGGCCUCAACGCAGUGAGACACUUUCAAAGCUACCAACAGAGAAACUCCCACCAAAGAAGAAAAGAAUCCGCCUGGCUGAGAUGGAACAUGCAUCUGGUGAAUCCAGUUUUGAUUCAACACUGUCAAGAAGCUUUAGUCGGGAUAGCAGUUUGUCUUGUUCCAGUUUCUCAGCUUCUUUUGAUAAGGAGGAUAUUCCCAGGACUGAGAGUCCUUCAAAGGUGGAAGCAAUAAGUAAAGUAUCUGAGCUGUCGUUAAUAAAUUGCUCAAACACACUUGGUCUUCCCAAUCUACAUUACAGAGGAAUGAGACGUGUUACAGUUGAACAGAGUAGUUGUUUGCCCCCAUCUAUGGAGGCUAAUUCAGGAAUUCGUAGUAAAUCAUUGGAUUGUACUAUCAUAUCCACAUCAAGAUGUUCAUCACCUGAAGUUCCUGUGGAAAUGAUUUCAACUGUGGUUCCUGGACUAAUAGGUUCUGCCUCUGUCUCACUUAUUGAAAGAAGAAGGGGCCCUCUUUUACGACAAAUGUCUUUGAGUAUUGGCCCAGAUAUUUCUCAACCUCCAGUUUUGCCUUCUAAUUUAUUAAAACAAAAUGUAACUCUGCAGGUAGCUGCCUUGCCACAACCCAAAAGCUCUAUAUCGCACAGGUCAUCUCCUGUAUCAUUUUUAACCUCACCACAUCAUUUGUCUUGCAUGGCACAAAUUCGACACGUGGUGCAGCAUGAUCCACAACCUUCAAUACAAGAUGCAAAUGUAAACAAUCAAGUUCAUGUUAAGUCAUUUUCAGUCCCGGCAUCGACACAAGGAAACCUAAAGAUAUUGCCUGAAAGAAUAGUAACAGCUCACGUAGCCCAACAGAAAUUGUGUCCAGUUAUAUCUCUUCCUUCUGCAGCUUUAGAUAAUAUGUUUGCUCCUAAAUAUCAGCUUCAGCUUGUUAAGAAGCAACACAGUCAGCCAUAUUUGCUUCCUACUGUUACAUCCCAACAGCCAGUUAUUCCACUACCAGUUCCUGAUACACUCGGAUCAAGUGUGCUAACUUCGAAUGUUUCACCUCAGUCAUUGGAGAUCAUCUCAAAUUUAUACUUGCUCCCUCCAGUCCAACCUGUCAAUUCUGGCAGGUCAGCUACUCUAGCUUCUGUGGUCGUGCCUUUUGGACUUCAAAAUAAGGAAUCUGUUUAUAACACUACUGCUAUAACAACAUUACCACAGAUUUUGGUCACACAAGACCAAUCAAACAAUCCACCUGUGGUGAUUUGUAAUCUUGAUUCAGUAAAUUUAGCUACUGAUGAGGAAGUGCCUUCAGGAUCAAAUGAUUAUUUGGAAGGCCAACAGUGUGAAAUAAGUUCUAAAGUAAAGGUAUCUGCCAUUUCUAAAUAUUGUAUUUCCCAUGAUGAAAGCAAAAGUUCACUUGUACUCAGUGGUUUGAAAACACCAUCAGAUGGUUUGCUUGCCCAGGAAACUACAGGACCUAGUAAACGCAUGCUGUCUCCAGCAAACAGUUUAGAUAUUGCAUUGGAAAAUCAUCAGAAACGAGUUAAAGAUGAAAAUGGAUCUACAAGCAGUGGUAAUGUAACACCAGGAUGGUUACACAGCAUGAAAUCUGUGGAAAUUAAUAAGCUUAAGAAGCCAAUGUUAACAAGGCAGUUUUGCACAACCGAUGAAAUUGAAGAUUCAUUGCCUGUUGAGCAAGAAGGUACCCAGAAAAACAGUCCUCAAACUUUAGAACUCAGCAGCUUCCCCAAAACAUCCUUUCAUGAUCUGUCAAUAUCUUACCAGGAUAAGCACCCAAUAGUUGCAAGAGAAGUUUUGGAACCUGAAAGUUCAAAUUAUUCUCAUUUCACUUCAAGUACAGUUAUUCGAAAGUCCCCUAUAUCAGUAUGCUCUAGUUCUCCUCAAGUGCAUACCAUGCUGUUGAAGUCAGCCUCUGAUAGACAGGAUAACAAGUCACCAUUGGGUAAUGACCAGGUGCAGCCAAUUAGCAAUGAGGGCCGAAUAAAAGUUGGAGCUUCCUUUCCAGUCACAAGCACACAAGAUAUACAAAAUACAUCACUUUCAUCUCUGAAGACUUCAACAAGUUCCAGUUGGUGUUACCUGACGAAGUGUAAACCUCUACACAUACAGCAAACGGACAAAAAAACCUCUGCAUAUGCUACCUGGCAUGUAAGCCCUAACAGUCCCAAUCCACUAGGCUUACCAACAAAAGUUGUACUUGGUCUUCUAAAUGCAAUGCAAAAGAAUAAGGAAGUGAUGUACACCGAAGCAAAAACCACCCUACAUCAGUCUGGUAUAUUGGUACUUUCAAGCAAGUGGAAAGCUGCUAAAUCUAAGGCCCUGAGCAUUCAAACAGUUGCAAUCAGUGAACCUAACAGUAAGGACAAGUGUGAACAUCAAGAAGUUGGUGAUCCCGAUAAAGAGCAUGCUGUAAUUGAACCAAGGCGAAUCAGGAUCUUCGAUGGGGGAUAUAAAUCAAAUGAAGAAUAUGUGUAUGUUCGGGGCAGAGGAAGGGGAAAGUACAUUUGUGAAGAAUGUGGAAUACGUUGCAAGAAGCCGAGUAUGCUGAGGAAACAUAUUCGCACCCAUACUGACCUCCGACCUUAUCACUGCAAUUACUGCAACUUCUCCUUUAAAACAAAAGGAAACUUGACUAAGCACAUGAAGUCUAAAGCUCAUAGCAAGAAAUGCACGGAAAUGGGAGUGGCAGUUGCUCCAUUUGAGGAUCAAGAUACUGAUGAGACAGGUGACAAACUAAAGGGUGGACAUGAAACUCUGUACUCUGACGCUGAAGACUCAGAUGGCCAGGAUGACGAAGAUUAUGAAAUUGAUGAUGAUGAUGAGGACAGUCAAGGGGAAACAGGAUUAUCAGCUACUCCUUCAGUAACAGCUAGCCCUCAGCCUGACCUACAGGGAAAUGACCAGCUUGGUACACUGACGGAUGCCUCGCUUUCUCUGGCUGCCAGUGUAGUGAGGACAGCAAAUGACUCUACUAUGCUGACCAACAGUUUUGAUGUACUGUCUGCCGUCUGGCUUACACAGAAUGCCAAUGCUGAAACUGAUAAAAUUCAAUAUGAAUUCUUACCAGUUCAUCCCUGUGCAGCUGAAGAAGACAAAGCCAUGUCCCCAACAGCUAGAGGUACAUUACCAAAGGCUGACCAAAAGUGUUCUGGUUACCAGGUGACAUCUGAUAAUCAGCAUGUGCAAGAAAAACUUGGAAAGAAAAUCAUAGAUGAUUUAAAGAUGCCUUCACCCAUCAGCCUACCUCCUCACGUGCAAAAAGCAGGACCACUUGUAUCCACUUCUCCCAUAUCUAGCCCACAUAAGUUGGACAGUCAACAACAAAGGCAACCAGUAGAGAAUCAAGGACUGUUGGCUGAGGAGCCUCCUUUGCACCUCUUCAGCCACUUGCCUCUUCAUUCUCAACAGCAGGUCAAGACAACACGCAGCAUGAUCCCUGUGGGUGGCAUCCAGUUAGGUUUAAUGGCAUACUCCACUUUUGUACCAAUCCAGACAAGACCAAUGCAACUUACUGCUGUUAACAUUUUUCAUCAGUCUACAAGCCCUUUUUACAAAGAUACAAUGGAAACAACUGGUAAUACAAAGCCUUUGGAUAUUCCAGAAGAAAAUAAACUUCUGCCAUGUAUUCCUUUGGAACAAAAAAACCUUGCUGACUUGCAAAGUACUAGUAGUUCAGAUUUUGAAACCAUAAACACUUUGGGCCAAGAAACAUUAAACCUUUUAGGUUUGGCAAGUUCAAAUAUAGGCCCAAAAAUGUGCCCUUCAAGCCUUUCAGUUAAUGCUGUUGGUCUCCAAGUGUUGACCACAAAUCCACAGACUCAAAGUAUACCAUGCUUUCAAGCUCCUGUUUCAGGAGUGCAAAUCAUGAAACUGUCUACUCUCAUUCCAUCUGUCACUACAGGAACAGAAGGCCAAACAAGUAAUGAGAUGCACUGUACAACCAAACCUUGUGCCAAUAGGACUGAAUGGACCCCAGCUAGUCUUCCUGUUACAGUAAAUGAUAAUAAGGUGACCUGUGUACUGUUCUCUCAGCUUUCACCUCAAAUUGAGGCAUGUGCCCUGAAGGAGUUGUCAGAUGCAACGGACUGGAAAUAUGGACAACCAAAUAAAAUAGACAAUGCAGAAGGCUGUUCCAGUAAAACCAGCUUUCAAGAGGCACACAAUACCAAAACAGCUCCUGGGGUGCUGACAGACUCUGAAUUGGGACACUUAAAGGUGAACACUGAAGCAGUGAGUAAAUCUCCUGAUCAAACCCUUCUUCCAGAAAAUAACAGUGGAAAGCCUGUGGCAACUGUGCGAGCUACUGUGCAUUACAGUGAUGUCAGCAGUGAUGAUGAAGACAGGCUAGUGAUAGCAACAUAAUUUUUGCAGGACCCUUUUUAAAUAGCUGUCACUUGUCCUUUUAAAAAGAAACCAUACUGUAUGAUUUCUUACUAAACAAGCUCUUUUCCAUAAAAGCACAUUUUUUGAUGUAGAUAUUAUGUUUUGUGCAAUUGUAAACCAGGAUCAAUUCAGUUUUAUUGUUCUUUGUCCGCUCCAGCCAUUUUUGUACAUGUUGUAAAAACAAUUGUGCCUUUCAGAUUUCUUGUUUAGGAACUGUACACAUGAUAAAUGUAGAAAAAAGUAGUUGCUUGUGCUUACUAAUUUAAAAAAAAAAAAAAUACAAUGUGUAGUGUCAUAGUAAGGAAAAUAACUACAUGUUGCACUGAUAUUGUAAAUUUCUAUGGCUAUGGGGCAGUCUUUUGUGUACAGGCAUAAACUGUAUACCAGUUCAUAUUUAUUGUAUUCAUUUUUUUGGUCCAUGAUCAGUUCUUUCUUGCUGGGAGUAGGUUUACAUUCAGGCAAACUAUCUCUCCAGAAUAAACAAAAAUCAUAAAGUAUUUGAUCACAGAAUUUGCAUAUUCUUAUCUGAUAUUCCAGGAAAUCCAGUGUUAUAUCCAUAUCCAGCAAGAGAAGGGAAAAAGAAGCCUGUCGCAAUGGGUGGAAUGGCUCAUUCUUCAAUAAGCUUCUAGCUUCCCCCUGUGCAUUUCUCGGCAUUCUCUGCUGAGCCAGU